AUUUCUGGUCGGCAUCUUAGAGCCUCUGCAUACACCAUGGAACCAGCAACCGCUCCAGAGUUCAACCCGGCGAAGCCCAAUGGCGGCAACCCGAACCAGGAAAAUGUCAAUCUCCAGUAUACUGGUCUGGAGUUCCAUUACAUCUACUUGAUGAUAAUGGCCUUCCUGGUCUUCCUGAUCAUCCCCGGAAUCGGUUUCCUAUACUCUGGCCUGGCACGCCGCAAGUCUGCCUUGUCCCUUCUCUUUCAGUCCUUCGCUGUGAUGGGCGUUACGACUUUCCAAUGGAUGUUCUGGGGAUACUCGCUCGCCUACUCGCGAACUGCCAGUGCCUUCAUCGGCAACAUGGACAACUUUGGUCUCAAGAAUGUCAUGUCUGCACCAUCUCCAGGAUCCCCACUCUUGCCUGAAAUCGUCUUCUGCUUGUACCAAUUGCUUUUCUGUGCCUGCACUGUACAGCUCGUCAUUGGUGGAUCCUUUGAGCGUGGACGCAUCCUGCCAUCCAUGGUCUUUGCUUUUUGCUGGGCGACCGUUGUCUACUGCCCAAUUGCCUGCUGGACUUGGAACGGCAACGGUUGGUUGUUCAACCUUCCUUCCCUCGACUUUGCCGGAGGUGGCCCUGUCCACAUCGCAUCUGGAUGGUCUGCACUUGCCUAUGCCUUUGUCCUCGGAAAACGUCUUCACAAGGGAGACAAGAUCCACGGAAAGGCCCACAACCCCACGCUCGUCUUCAUCGGUACUGUCUUCAUCUGGUUUGGAUGGUUCGGCUUCAACGGAGGCAGCGCACUCAACGGCACUAUCCGCUCUAUGGUGGCAGCUUUCAACACAAACACCGCAGCCUCUUUCGGUGUCAUUGGCUGGGUGAUGGUGGAGUACGUCCGUACUAAGGGACACUUCUCUGUCGUCGGUGCUUGCUCAGGUGCCAUUGCUGGUCUCGUCGGCAUUACUCCUGCUGCAGGAUACGUCUCGCUCUGGAUCGCUGCACUCAUUGGCUUCCUUACCGGCGUCAUCUGCUCGCUAUGCCAAAACGUCGACAAAUGGAUCCGAAUCGACGAGGGCAUGGAUGUCUUCAAACUCCACGGCAUUGGCGGUAUGGUCGGAUCGUUCCUCACUGGUAUCUUUGCUCAAUCCUGGGUCUAUGACCUGGAUGGCAUGGGACCAUACGACCCUCUUGGUGCCAUGGAUGGCGUCGGCGUCCAAGUCGGUCGCCAGCUUGCCGAGAUUACUGCUAUUGCGUCUUACUCUUUCGUCGUCUCUUGCAUCCUCUUGUACAUUCUCAAGUUCAUCCCGGGCAUGCACCUCCGUGUUACUUCAGAGGCAGAGAUGAUGGGUCUCGACCUUGACCAGUUCGGUGACGAGCAAAUCGGCGACUGGAGCUUGAUGGAUCAGAACCACUACGAAGCAAAUGCUAGCAGCGCGAGCAGCCAGCAUGCAACUGCUGUGGCGGCUGGAAAGCAGGCUUAGAUGAUAUAGAUUUUGGGGCUUCAAGUAUAGAUUAGGAUGGCUCGUGUCUUUUAGUUUGAGAAAAUUGUAUCGGUUUGGUGUGUGAUGUGACAGUCCAACACCAUCUCUAAUAUAGUAGAAUUCAAUUCG